AUGCCCGAGGUACCAAUUCCUUUGCCUUCUCCCGCGAUUCAAUCAGACUGCGUCUAAUGCUCAGCUAGAUCGGCGAAGUUGCGCGCAUCGUGCACUUCCUACGAAAGCAUCUUGUGAACCGAACGAUCAAGUCCUGCCAAGCCUUCGAAGAUGAAAUUGUUUACGGGAAGGUCGGCUGUUCGGCCUCAGCAUUCGAGAAGGCCGUGACUGGAAAGAAAGUCAUGGGAGCAGGUCAGCAGGGGAAAUACUUCUACGUCACCUUCGACAAAGGCCCCCAUUCAAUCAUGCAUCUGGGAAUGACAGGCUGGAUCAAGUUCAACGCAGAAGAGACAGGGUAUUACAAGCAAGCCAAAGAGACUGCAACUGUAGAAGAAUGGCCGCCUAAGUACAUGAAGUGGCUGGUCAAAUGUGAGGCGGAGAAGAUCAACGGCGAGGACAGAGAGUCUGUCGAAGUGGCAUUCAUUGACGCGCGCCGCCUAGCGCGGAUACGUUUGAUCGACUGCGAUGCGGAUAACAUCAGGAACGAGACGCCACUGAAGGAGAAUGGACCGGACCCAGUCAUAGACAAGGACACAGUGACAGUAGAAUGGCUCGCAGAGCUACUCGGAAGGAAGCGGGUGCCUGUGAAAGCCCUUCUUCUAGAUCAAGCAAACAUCAGUGGAGUCGGCAACUGGGUUGCGGACGAAGUCCUCUAUCAGGCCAAGAUACACCCGGAACAGUACAGCAACACCUUUGCCCAGGAGGAAGUGAAGCGCUUGCACGAUGCUUUGAUCGACGUUUGCACGACGGCUUGCGAGACCUUGGCCGACAGCACGAAGUUCCCCGAGAAAUGGCUAAUGAAGUACCGUUGGGGCAAAGGCAAGAAGGAUUCGAACGUGCUGCCCAAUGGAGAGAAAAUUGUUCACCUGAAAGUCGGUGGAAGGACGUCAGCUAUCGUGCCAUCGGUGCAAAAGAAAACAAGUGGUCUGUCCGGCGAUGUCGAUUUGAAAGAUGAUGAUGAAGAGGAGGAAGAGAAGCCUGCCAAGGGUCGGAAGCGAAAGGCCAAAGCUGAAGAAGAGGAAGAGGAGGAGGAAGAGGGAGAAGAAGUUCUACCUGCUAAGAAAGAUCGCGGGAAGAAAGCGAAGGCUAAGACCAAUGACCCAGCCACAGCCACCAAAAAGGGACGUAGGUCGAAAAAGACUAAAGCUGAAGAGGACGAAGAGGAGGAAGAAGAGGGAGAAGAAGUUCUACCUGCUAAGAAAGAUCGCGGGAAGAAGGCGAAGGCUGAGACCAAUGACCCAGCCAUAGCCACCAACAAGGGACGUAGGUCGAAAAAGACCAAAGCUGAGCCCGCGGACGGUGACGCUGAACCGGAAGAAGCUGAGGAAGAGACUAAGCCCACCAGUCGUAGCAAGGCGACACCAAAACCAAGGCAAGAGGCGAAGUCUGCCACGCGUCCGUCCAGAAAGUCUGCUCGUACGAAGAGCAAAUAG